CUUUGUCCCACAUUGGAUGUUUAGAAAACCUACCUCCCUUCCCUUCUUCUAUAUAAGAAACUCCAUCCUUUCUCUUUAUUCUCAUCAAGUCAAAGUAUUUCUUUGCGUGUGACGAGUUGUUGUUGAAUUAUUCGACGACCAGUCACUAGUGAAUUUUCCGGUGGGAUUUCCGGGUGAGCUUCCGGCGAGAUUUCUGGACGAGCUUCCGGUGAGAUUUCUAGACGAGCUUCCGGCGGGUUUUCUAUUGACCUCAGCUGACCGCAUCUUCCGUUGUUCAUUUCAGCCUGUGGCUAAGAUGCCGCCGCGUAAGAGAGUUGUUCGCACUCAGUCCGCUAGUGCUUCACGAGAGGGUGGAGAUGAGAAUGUGCCGCCACCGGUUCCACCGAUUGAUCAGGAUGCCCUUAGGCAGAUGGUGCAGGAUGCUGCCAGACAGGCUGCACAUGAGGCAGUUCAGCAAGCUGUCCAGGAGGCUGCUAGAGUAGCUGCACAGGAAGUGGUUAGGCAGAUGGCUGAGGCUCAGCAGGUUCCGCCAGUUCAGGUUCAGGGGCAUCAGCAGCCCCCUAUUCAGCCGGUUUCACCAGUUCAGGUUCAGGGGCAGCAGCAGCCCCCUAUUCAGCAGGUUCCUGAGGUUGAUGAGACGCUUAUGCAGGUGAUGAAACAGAUGAAAACUGUGGAUUUGGAGACUUUUGGGGGAACAGUAGACCCUUUUCAGGCUUAUAAUUGGAAGCAUAGAUUAGCUACGUGUCUGCAGACUAUCAAUUGUCCGUUGCGCCUUUGCCUUAAUAUCGCAGAGUUGUAUCUGCGUGGGGAUGCAUUAGUAUGGUGGGAUGGAGUGCAAUCGAUGCGUGAUGGCGAUAUGACUUAUGAGGAUUUCCUCAUUGCGUUCGACAAAAAGUAUUUUCCUAGAGAAGCAUUGCACCAGAAGAAGAAUGCUUUUGAGCAUCUGAGGCAGGGUACUAGGAGUGUCAGAGAGUAUGAGCGGGAGUUUUGCCAACUCCGCUUGUUUGCUGGUAAUAAUUUUGAUGCGGAGGACUUGAUCAGGAGAUUCUUAGAUGGGAUGCGAGUUGAUCUUCGCGGCAGGUGCAGUAUGGUUACUUACACAAGCUUGGAGGAUCUGGUAGAGAAGGCUGCUGUGCAGGAGGCAUGUAUUGCAGAGGAGCAGAAGUACUCUAAGGCCCAACCUAAGACUGAAAGAACUUCAGGGUCACCGAACAUGGCAGGGGAUCAGUCAGGAACACCCAGUUGUGAGCGCUGCCAUCGCUACCAUUUUGGAGAUUGCGUCAUGUGUUUUGCAUGUGGGCGGUUAGGCCAUGUGGCCAAGUAUUGUCGAUUUACAAAAGUGGAUGGUACUGGUACCGGACAGGUUACAGCACCAACGACACUAGCAGCGGCUUCAAAGAAGUGUUAUGGCUGUGGCCAGCCUGGUCACAUUUUCAGGGAUUGCCCGAGGGGGGGACGUGUAGAGAAUCCAUCACCAGCUAAGCGCCAGGCUAUCGCACCACGAGUAGCAAGAGGCAACGAGAGAGUUGAGCCGGCUGAUGGUAUGUAUCUUUUCACUUUGGUAGUUUACGUUUGUGCAUGUUGUCUUUUGCGGUUAUCAUUUGUUUAAAAAAAGAAGAAGUUGUGCUUAAGAUCAGUAGCGGCUGAGUAUGAGAGAUUUCACCUUAUUUGAUAUGGGAGGACCACAUAGUUUGGAGUAUCUACAGCGAACAAACGUCUUUAUAACAAAAGUAACUCAUGCUGAAGACAUCUUAUUCCUUUUCUCGACUCAGGAUUUGAAUUCGGGGACGAAUUCCUUCUUAGUGGGGAAGAAUUGUAACGACCCAGAUUUUUUUUGGUGGGCCAGUUUGGCCUUUAUUAAAAAUUAAAGUCUAAUUCUCUCUUUUUACUUUGUCCCACAUUGGAUGUUUAGAAAACCUACCUCCCUUCCCUUCUUCUAUAUAAGAAACUCCAUCCUUUCUCUUUAUUCUCAUCAAGUCAAAGUAUUUCUUUGCGUGUGACGAGUUGUUGUUGAAUUAUUCGACGACCAGUCACUAGUGAAUUUUCCGGUGGGAUUUCCGGGUGAGCUUCCGGCGAGAUUUCUGGACGAGCUUCCGGUGAGAUUUCUAGACGAGCUUCCGGCGGGUUUUCUAGUAAGUUUGUUGCCUCCUUAUUUCUAGUUAUAGGAAUAUUUUAAGAAAGUUUCUAAUUUAGGAAAUAAGUUAUAUUAGGAAAGUUUCUAUUUUAGGAAAGUUGCCAUUUUAGGAAAGUUGCUAUUUUAGGAAAGUUUCUAUUUUAGGAGAGGUUUCAUUUUAGGAAAGUUUCCAUUUUAGGAAACUUAUUUCCAGAGAAGCUGAGCUUAAGUCGUUGAUUCUCGUGUUGCAGUUGACCUCAGCUGACCGCAUCUUCCGUUGUUCAUUUCAGCCUGUGGCUAAGGUGAGAGCUAUCCCAUUAAAUCCCGAGCUAGUUUAGUACUACUAUUAUGGAAAGUUUAGUUUCGAAACAUGAUCCGUCUCUGUGAAUUGAGUCUGUUUGAGAGUCUUGUUUGUUUAUUAUUACUAUUGAUUGUUAAACCGAAAAUAGGAUAAUAGAGGAUUCAACGGUUGACUGAAUUGAAUGAAUUAAGAACUGUUAUUUAUAUAUGUAUAUACAUAAGUCUGUUAUGAGAUUGCGGGGCACAAAGAUGUUGUGCUAACGGCGCAUUGUGUGGAGAUUGCGGGACACAGAGACGUUUGUGUUAGCGGCGCAUUGUAUGGAGAUUGCGGGGCAUAUGGACGUCUAUGCUAGCGGCGCAUUGUAUGAGGGAUUGCGGGGUACAAAGACGUUUGUACUAGCGGCGCAUAGGUGAUUGCGGGGUACAAGGAUGGACUCUUGUACUAGCGGCGCAUAGAGUUAUAUAUUUAUAUCCGUAUAAGGAGAAUGCGGGGUGUGUGAUCUAGUUAUGCACUAUCAGCGCAUUUGAUGUUUUUAUGUGGUGUAUUAGACACUGUGUUUGUUUUAUGCUAGAACUAGGCCUACAUAGUCGUAGUGCUAUGUACUGAGUCAGUGGUUUGUGGUUUAGCAUCCCAUACCUCACGGAGUAACUCCCCUGUUACUCACCCCUCCUUCUUUCCCCCUUUCAGGUGAGACUGACGAGCAGGAGUGAUUGCUAUCGGAUUGGUGCUUUGGGAGUUUUAUUUCUUUCUUUUUCAAACU